AUGGUUUCGUAUCGCUGGCUCUGCCUCGUUCUAGGCUACGCCUUGGUGGCUGGAUACCCGCUUGCAGAGACUUCCGUGUCCAAGGAGGACAUCAACUCGGACAGAAGCUCAUCCAACGAAAGCGUCAGCCAUACCACGGAGGAACCAGAGCCGAUUGGAGAGCACCUGGCACGUGCUGCAGGGCUGAAGACCCGGAUGCCGGUCUACCUUCAAACUGCCGCCGCCUUACUGAAACCUUUCCUCUUGGCACUGGUCCUGGGGCCACAACGGCCGGGUAAGAAGGAGCCCUGGCACAAGCCACUGCAGAUCCUGAUCCUGACCGUGGCUCCCUUCGUGGCCAGCUUCAUUGCAGACUUCCGGAUGACCUUUCACAUGUGGUUCUUCAUUGAUGAGGAGGUGAAGCCCACGUUCCGCCUCCUUGGCACGCUGAUGGUCAUCGGCAACUCCCCGAAUCUGGCAACGUCAAGCUGCAUCGCCGGCUCGCUGAUGCUGACAUCAAGGUCCCAUGGCUGGGCGAGGCAGGCACAGCAAGCACAGCAUUCGGAGAAUUCCGGGCCCCCGACCAUCUCCGAACGUUUGCUGUCCGUCUUAUUGCCCUGCGUGACAAUCGUGGGCAGCAUCUGCUUCGUGGUCACGGUGUUCCCUCUCAGUCUUUUCCUGGUGUCCACGGUGGUUGCCUACUGUUACAUCAGCCUCCCCUUGUUGUUCAUGGCUGCCGUUUUCGGCUAUCGCAUCGGCCCAUAUGGAAUGCUGGGCCUCAUGAAGCUUCGGAAGGCAGUCACGGAGGUGUGCUGCCCGAAGCCAAGCGCUAGCUAUGAACUCUGCGACCUCCAACCGUCUGAGGAGGUGCUUAAGGCUUAUGCAAAGGGUCUCCCAGAGGGUUUGGACUACAAGCAGAUGUUUCUGGAAAACAAGGAGUGGGUCGAACUGACUGGCUCCACCUACGAGGGCUGGGCAGGAUAUUUCUU